UGGCAACAACAAUAUCAAAAGUGGCAACAACAAUAUCAAAAGUGGCAACGGUAAUGGCAAUGGGUUAUAAUAGUUCAAUAUCUUCAAUAUCAAAAAAUCCCCGCAGCAAGACCGCAAAGAACGAUAAUAAUGUUCUUCCCAACAAUAAUCUUUUUCCCACCAAAAAUAAUAUUCGCGCUAACAACAAUAACAACGACAAUAGUAAUAUUUCUCAACAAUCAAAACUAUUAAAUCAUCAAAAUAUCGAAAAAGAAAAAGAAGAAAAGAUUCGAAAUAAAAAACAUUUACAACAACCAAUUAAUAUUAAUAACGAAAGUGUAAUGAAUGAAAUUACAAGAUUGCCAACAGCCUAUGCUCCAAGGGCACGUGUCCUGUAUGAUGAUAAUAAAAGAUCAAAAUCUGAAACUUUCUC